AUGUGCCGGCUGCUGGGGGUCUCCGCCAGCGGGUACUACGCGUGGCAAGGCCGGGCGCCGUCGGCCCGCGCCGAGAGCGACGGAGCAAUGCUCGAUCGCAUCCGUGACAUCCACCGCACCUCGCGCGGGACCUACGGCGCCCCCCGCAUCCAUGCCGAACUCGUCGCUCAAGGCCACGCUGUGGGCCGCAAGCGGAUCGCCAGAUUGAUGCGCCGUGCCGGCUUGAGGGGCAUCAGUCGGCGCAAGGGGACACGGACGACGGUACGGGAUGCGCGUGCCCGGGCGGUGCCGGAUCUGGUCGAGCGCGACUUCACCGCCGACGCACCCGAUCGGCUCUGGGUCGCGGACAUCACCUACAUCCCCACCUGGGCCGGGUUCCUGUACCUCGCCGUCGUGCUGGAUGCCUUCAGCCGCCGCGUGGUGGGCUGGUCCAUGGCCAACCACCUGCGCACACAGCUCGUGCUCGAUGCCCUCGACAUGGCGCUCUGGCAGCGUCGGCCCGACGGCGUGAUCCACCAUAGCGACCAGGGAUCGCAGUACACCUCGCUCGCCUUCGGCAAGCGAUGCCGGGACGCCGGCGUGCGCCCCUCCACCGGAUCGGUCGGGGAUUGCUACGACAACGCCAUGUGCGAAAGCUUCUUCGCGACCCUCGAAUGCGAACUGCUCGAGCGCCGGAGGUUCCGGUCUCACGCCGAAGCGCGGAUGGCCGUCUUCGAGUUCAUCGAGGGCUGGUACAAUCCGCGACGGCGCCACUCCGCCAUCGGAUAUCUGUCACCCGUCAACUACGAACGGAGCCAGCUACCCCCCGCUCGCCCAAAUCCAUAA